UCACGUGUCUCAGAACGUGCAAUCGAUUUCGCGGCGAGGAUUGGCGGCACCGACAGUAACCGACAGCUCAUUCCAUACAGAUAACGUCCGCGCGUCUCGUCAUACGGCACAAGCGAUUGCCGAUGGAAAAUGUAAUACGCGCGUCUUCUUACUGUCGUUCUCAAUUUUCGAAUUCACGGAAGUAAAGUGAGAUGAGCGGCGAACUUGACGUGAGUGCGUGUGGGCGAUGAGAGAGGAUUAUUUUUUGCAAAGCGCUCGUUUGUAUAGAAAACAAUUGUUUUAAUCGUGAAGUACAAAAAUAGAGGAAGCGCACGAUGGAGGAAGUGUCAGUGGAAAACGCCAAGGUAUCGGACUCCGGAUACUCCAAUACCUGCAGCAACAGUCAGUCGCAACGCAGUAGCGGCAGUAGCUCGAAUUCGCGGAACAGCAAUCGCUCCGAGAGCAGUGGUUAUUGUAGAUAUCCUGCGACCUUCGGAUCCAGCAAUGAAGCGUUACCGCAACCGAUCAGAAAAGACAAGGAGCAUAAGAAGAAGAAGUCGAAGGCGACGUCGGCGCUUAAUGCCGUCGAGGCGGAAACCGAUCUGAAGGCGGUGAGCGCGCCGAAAACCGUGUCCUAUAACGUCGUCGCGCCCGCGAACACCGUACUUGAAAAGAAACCAGAGGUAGCCACUGUAGAAUUGGUGGACGCAACGGAUCCCGGCGAGCACAACGGCGACACCGUCGCAGAUCCGGAAGCAGGACUUGCUUCACGGACGAUCCCUCUGGACGAUUCCACGUCUCAGGCCAAUGAGGGAUUUUGCGCGGUGAUUUCGAUGCACGACGGUCUCGUGCUGUACACCACCCCAUCGAUAUGUACUGCCCUCGGUUACGCCAAGGAUGCCUGGAUCGGCCGAUCCUUCGUCGAUUACGUGCAUCUGAAGGAUAAAAUCACUCUAGCCGAUCAGAUUAGCGGCAUCGCUUCGCCGCAAGAAGAACGAUCCAAAGGUAUUAACGGAAGAAGGGCGAGCCUGUUCUGCGGUCUGCGAAGGUUCACCAGGUGUAACGUGCCGAACGAAUGCGUGAAAGCGAGAUCGAACUUGUACCUGCCGUUCCAUUUGACUCUGUCGUUCCGGGACUUCCGGGAUCCGACGGCCGAGCAACAGCCCAGCAACCGAGCUAUGUUCCUCAUGGUGACCGCUCAACCCGUCCAUUCUGCAUACAAAGCGCCAGAAGAAACAAUAAUAUCUUCGGUAUUCACGACCCGCCACACCGCGACGUGCCACCUAUCCCAUGUCGAUCCCGAUGUAGUCCAAUACUCCGGCUAUCUACCACAGGAUAUGGUUGGUCGUUCGCUGUUUGACUUCUACCAUCCCGAGGAUCUGCCCUUCAUCAAAGACAUCUAUGAGACUGUGGUCAGGCUCGAAGGUUCCUCCUUCAGGUCGAAGCCAUACAGGUUCGCCGUGCAGAACGGAGGCUACGUCAUCCUCGAGACCAAGUGGUCGUCCUUUAUCAAUCCGUGGACGAAAAAACUAGAGUUUGUCGUAGGUCAGCACCGAGUACUCAAGGGACCGAUGGACCCAGACAUCUUUCGCGUGCCGCGCAACACCGAAUGCGGCUACCCGGCCAGCAUCAGCGAGGAAGUGCUGAAGGAAGCCAAGAUCAUUCAGAGCGAGAUACGUGCGCUUCUCGACGAGAGCAUCCAAAGAACGUCAGAUAUAACGAAACUCGAUGUGUCAAAGCGAUGUAAGGAUCUAGCGUCCUUCAUGGAAAGUCUGCUGCAGGAGAUGAAGGCGCCCGGCGUCAGCAAGGACGGACUGGUCGCGGCGGACGAGCUCAAGAGCUUUUCGGGAUCACGCAAUCCCUUGUUACAGGAACACGACAGCGUGAUGCUCGGUGAGAUCUCGCCCCAUCACGAGUACUACGACAGCAAGUCCUCCACGGAGACACCGCCGAGCUACAACCAGCUCAACUACAACGCGAACAUCGAGCGCUUCUUCAAGAGCAAGCCGCCGGUCGCCACCAUGUACGGCAGCGACGAGGAGAACGUCAUUUCCAGCAACGAGGAAGGCGCGAGGAAGUGCAUGUCGCCGGUAAACGGCAGCGGUGCGAGCGGCAGCGGUAGUGCGGAGAACCUGAGCAGCGGCUCCAACAAUCAGACCAGCUCUGCUAGCCGCGGCGAUGUCUCUAACACCGCCAGCAACAGCAACACCACCACCGCGACAGAGAGCUUCAAGCAGCCUACGUUGACGGAGUCGCUUCUGAGUCGUCACAACGAGGACAUGGAAAAAUUAAUGAUGCAGAAGCACCGGGAGCUGCGCUGCAGCAUCAAGAACAGCGACAAACUGAAGGACUCGCGGAUCAAGACGGAGAAGACCAACGGCACAGACCAGAGCACUCAUUACGUCAAUCAGGGUCACGGAAUCAAGAGAAGCGGCAGUCACAGCUGGGAAGGCGACAGCUUCAAGAUAUCGAAGCACGAUAACAUCUCGCGGACAAGCACAGCGGGUCCAGCGAAUCUCACGACCACCGUCACUAGCAUGAGUCUCGAUCAAUCGACCGUGGUGCAGACGGGGCCGAAUAUUAAUCUAUGGCCGCCACUGUCGGUCACCGUGCCCUUUUUCGCACCUGCGCAACCCUGCGUUUCGUCCCACAAUGCCAAUUCGGAGAUUAUACCCAGAUUCCCUUUGUUCCCGUCGGUCAUACCAGCAUAUUAUGUGUCGGUAUCGCAGCCCAACGAGUCCGCGACGACGAUGUCGUCCCAAGAAAAGCUGAACCCAUCGCCGUCGACGCAGCCGACGCAACAGAAUCCUUACAUAUUUGUUCCAGUGUCCUACGUCGCGACAGCGAUGGGCGGAGUGAUCUAUCCGGCGAUGAUCAACACGCCGUCGCCGCCUACAAUGAUGUAUCGACCCUUUUUAAUACCCGAGCAGGUGCCAGCAGCAACGGCGCGCGAGAACCAGCAGCCGUCCAACGACAAGUGUCCGGAUCGUGCUGUGUCACGACCGGCCAGUCAGGCGACCAGCGUGAAAGCCGAACCCGGCAGCAUAAUGGCCAUGUCCGAGUCCUCCAAAAAAGUUUUAUCUCCGGGCGAGCUCUUUUCGUCGUGCGACGGCGGCUGCUCAAGCGUAAUAGAUCUCCUGACUCCGGUAACGAUGAAGGAACACCGUCGGCCGACCGACUACAACGGGGACGAGUCGAGCUCGUCCAGCUUUUACAGCAGCUUUUUAUACAAGAGUAGCGACAGUAGUUGCAAUCCGGAUCAGAAAACAUGCGAGGCCUCCGAAGUGGAGAAUCAAACAGCGCAAUGUCCAAAGGACGUUCCUGGGACGUCCCAAUCUUUUGAGCAUGCCAAGUGCCAUCAAGGAAAGCGGAGAAAGGACCCGCCCUGGCUGGAGGGCGUUCAACUGACGCCGGAACUGAUCUACGAGUAUCAGAUGCAUCCGAAGCCGUUGAACGAGGUGCUGAAAUCUGACAUGGACGCGAUGAAGAACUUGAACCAGUCACAUCUGGUGAACGAUCAGCUGAGACAACUAUAUCUGGACCUGGAGCUGGAGGGUUUCGGCACGGGACUUGUCCUUGAAGAGGGUAUCACAUCAAGCGGAAGCGACAGCGGAAGCAGUAGUGGUAGUUGGAUAGAAUCGCAGGACAAGCAGAAAAGAAGAAUGUUGAAAUAUAGUAAGCUCGUGAUGAUUCACGAGGAGAACGCGCCCCUGCCACCUUCAUUAUCGUCCCAGACUAUACCUUGCCAGCGCUCAUAGGAAUUGCAAUUAAUCCGCCGUAGAUGUGCCGAAAACAGUACCGAAGUCAAUGUUUGCUUCGUUUGUAUUUCUUUCAAACAAAUCCAUUAUUUUAUUAAUUUUUAAAUUAGAUAUUAUAUUCUGUUCCGUAUCUACUUAAAUAUACAUUUCGCUUUCGAAAUGAAUAAAGCUGCCGAGAAAUUUAAUUUUUGCCUCACAUAUGUAGUCUCAGUAUUGAUAAUUUUUGAUAGUUUUCUGUGAUGAGAAAUUGAUUCAAUUUGAAAGUUUAAUUUAAAAAGAAUGUAGCACGUUACAUUUAAUAUAUA